AUGAAAGUAUUUGUAUUAGCUGGCUUUCUUGGUAUAGGACAUACUUUCUCAAAAAACAUUGAAUAUAUUCAUAGAAGAUCAAUUUUAUUAAAAUCAUCAUUAGAUUUAUUAGAUUCAAUAAGCGAAGAAAAUAUUUUAGCUAUAAUUCUAAAAGAAGACAUAGAUAAUAAAGACAGAAAAUGUGAAACAGGACUCAAAGAAUAUUGCAAAGGCUUACAAGAAAUUGACCCAAAUCUUGACAAAGUACAUCCAAAAAUAAAAGGAAUAUGCAAAAACAACACGAAAAUACAAGAGAAAUGCAAAAAUUUAAAAAAUGAACUUAUGAAAAAUUGUAAUAUUUUUAAAACAAAAUUAAGUAAAUUAUACGUUCCAUCAUAUGACGAUUGCAGGGAAAAUGAACAAAAAGUGCAGUAUACUAAGGAACAAAUGUUAUCAAAAAAAGCAAAAGUUCAAAAUAUAUAUAUAAAGUUGAAUCAAGAAAGUGACGAGCUUAUGUAUAAAUGUUUUGAUCUAAUCUAUAUAUGCACAAUAUUGGAAAAAGAAACAAAGGAGAUAUGCAACUCCCUGAAAACUGAAAUAAAAAUUGCAUUCGAAAAAAAUACUACUGAAAUAUGCGCUUCAUUACUUGAACGAUACCAUUUUUACUGGAAGAACUGUGAAACUCAAGAAAAACUUAAUUACAAUGAAUUAAAAACUAAAUGUGAAAAAAAGGAAUCAUUUAUAGACCUCCGGUUUCGAAUUUUAACCCUAUGA